AUGGAGCAAUUUGUGAACCUGACCAUCACAGAUAAAACCGAUGUUUAUUCAUUUGGUAUGGUUCUAUUCGAAGUUGUGAGUGGAAAGAAAUAUAUGAGUUUGAUUACAGAAGAGGAAUUUCCGAUUGAAGAGAAAGUUGAUCCGAAAAUCAAAGGAAAGAUUGCACCUGAGUCUUGGCAAGUCUUCAUAGAUAUCAUGCAAGAAUGCUUGAAAUACGAAGUAGAUGAGCGACCAACAAUGGGUGAGGUAGAGUAUACGACAAUAAUAGAAGAGCUGUGCCAUCGGUUCUCUCUCGCCGAUAUUAGGAAAUCAACCGACAACUUUGAUCAUAAGAGGCUAAUUGGGUAUGGAGGAUUUGAUAUCGGAGUAUAUAAAGGUUGUCUUCAGCAUGAUGGUUCUGAUUAUACAGUCACUAUAAAGCGAUUUAAGGCGGAUGGACCUCAAAGAUGGAACCUGUUCAAGAAUGAAAUAGAAUUGCUCUGCCAGCUUCGUGACCCUAAUUGUAUCACACUUAUUGGAUUUUGCAGCCACAAGAAAGAGAAGAUUCUGGUGUACGAAUACAUGUCCAAUGGAUCUCUGCAUCGGCACCUACAACAUGGGGAUCUGUCAUGGAAAAAGAGACUAGAGAUUUGCAUAGGAGCGGCUCGUGGAUUACACUACCUUCAUUCUGGAGCCAAGCGCACCAUCAUUCACUGUGACUUCAGUUCUAAAAGUAUUCUUUUAAAUGAUGACAUGGAGCCAAAACUCGCAGAUUUCAGCUUUUGCCGACAAGGAGCACCUUCUCUGUCAAAGCCAAAACCAAUUAAAGUAGAUUGUGUUACGAGUACUUCAUGUUUCAUCGCUCAGGAGUAUUCCCGGGACGGUACAAUCACGGACAAAUGUGAUGUUUACUCGUUUGGUUGGGUUCUAAAAGAAGUUGUGUUUGGAACGGGAUACCUUAUAGAAGAAGUGCCUGGUAGGCCGGUUGAGGAUAUAAUUGAUAAAAAUAUCAAAAGGAAUAUUGCACCUGAGUGUUGGAGAGUUAUUGUAGAUAUCAUACAAAGAUGUGUGCAGUAUAAUCCUCAUGAGAGACCAACAAUGGGUGAAGUGGAGCUGGAACUUGAGCAUGCUCUGUCAUUGCAAGAACGAGCAGAUAUUGCAAACACCAAUGGUGACUAUACUUUGUUCUCCAAAACCAUUAUUAAGACUUGUAAUGGGGAAGAAGACAGUGUUUAA